AUGACCCCAGACUGGCACAAUUCCUUGAUCCUCACGGCCAUCCUCAUCUUUUCUUACUGGGCUCCCUGUAGCCUGCUGGCCCCAGGUGAAACCAGGUUCGCCCAGCCUGCUCCCGUGCAUCUCAUCCUCCUGAAUCUGACCCUGGCGGACUUGCUGUUGCUUCUGCUGCUGCCCUUCCGGAUCGUGGAAGCUGCAUCCAACUUCCGCUGGUACCUACCAAAGAUCGUGUGCGCGCUCACGGGCUUCGGCUUCUACAGCAGUAUCUACUGCAGCACGUGGCUGCUGGCGGGCAUCAGCAUAGAACGCUACCUGGGAGUGGCUUUCCCGGUGCAGUACAAGCUAUCCCGCCGGCCACUGUACGGAGUGAUCGCUGCUCUGGUGGCCUGGAUCAUGUCCUUUGGCCAUUGCACCAUCGUCAUCAUCGUUCAGUACCUGAACUCAACCGAGCAGGUGAGCACUGAGAACCAAAUCACCUGCUAUGAGAACUUCACCCAAGCGCAGCUGGAUGUGGUGCUGCCCGUGCGACUGGAGCUGUGCCUGGUCCUCUUUUUCGUCCCCAUGACAGUCACCAUCUUCUGCUAUUGGCGCUUCGUGUGGAUCAUGCUCACACAGCCCCAUGUUGGGGCUCAGAGGCGACGACGGGCGGUGGGCCUGGCUGUGGUGACGCUUCUUAAUUUCCUGGUGUGCUUUGGACCUUACAACAUGUCCCACCUGGUGGGGUUCCACUUGAGGCAGAGCCCCUCGUGGCGGGUGGAGGCUGUGGUGUUCAGCUCCCUCAAUGCCAGCCUGGACCCUCUGCUAUUCUACUUCUCCUCCUCCGUGGUACGCAGGGCCUUUGGGAAAGGUUUGCUACUACUCCGCAAUCCCGGCUCCUCUAUGCUGGGCCGGGGAGCCGAAGAGACAGUGGAGGGGACAAAGACAGACAGGGGUGGGAGUCAAACAGAAGGGGCACAGAGCUCUGACUUCGUCACCGAGUGAGUAUAGAGUCGCCCGGAUCUUCCCGAGCGUCUGGGUCACCCAGAAGUUGGGCUGGUUAGCAGAUCUCCUGAGACUUGGUAAAAGAUAAAAGUUAUA